AUGGCUCAGCCGCAGCAAGGGGCCGCCCUGUGCAGUCAUUGCCCGUUCAGCCGGUGUAAAUUUGGAAUAACUCCAGGAAAUCAGCGGAGUUACAGUGCUAAUUCCAAUGUUGCUUCCUCAUCUGUGAAAGAGGUCAAUGGCAUUCUCCUCUCUCCAGGGCGUCUCGGCGAGCGAGAAGUGGAGAGCAGGGAAUUGCGCGUGCGCAGAGCCCGAGACUCGCCGGGCCUCUCGGUUUCCCGCCGCGCUCGCUCUGAUUGGUUGCUGGCUGUGUCGCGGGAGGUGGGAGCUGUGGGCCGUUGGGCCCUGAGGCGGUGUGGGGCUGUGCCGUACUGUGCCUUUCUUUUCUUUUUUUCUUCUCGUCGGUUCUCUCCAGCCGUCUUGUCCCCGGCUCCAGAAAUCGGUUAUUUUGUGUUUCUGAAGAUGAAGAGGAAAGCAUCAAAAGUUGGGAAACUGAGGCUUAGUCCUAAUGAAGAAACCAUGCUUCUGAAAGAGGAAUAUGAAAGAAGAAGAAAGCUGAGGCUGCAGCAAGUUAGAGAGCAACAGAAGUAUAUAUCCUUGCAGAUAAGACAGAAAGUAAAGCAGAGGAGGGAAGAGAAGCUACAUCAAUUAGAGGAGGCACUGAGAGCUGAAUGGCAGAAAGCACAAGAGGAGAAGAUGAAGGCUUUAGAAAAACUGUUUUUAUCAAGCUUAAGAGCUGUUGGUGAGGGUCACCGACAAGCCAAGGAGAAUGAACCUGAUUUAGAAGCUCUGGCAAAGCAAGCAGAGGAAAGGAAGCAAAGAGCAGAGAAGAGACAUAAGAAAGCACUGAAAGAGCAGAAGUUGCAGAAAGAGAAAUUGCUUCGUGAACAAGCCCGACGAAUAGAUGCACGUAAGCACGCCCUGGAUGUGGAAAGAGAAAGAGCAGCCAGAGUUGCAAACCUGCCACCUCCUCCUCCACAUCCUCUUGAGAAUCUGGAAGUGAAGAAGAUUGCUGCCAUGAAGGCCCACGGUGCUGGCAAAUUUUCUGUUACACGUUACCACAUUUCAGAACCUUAUGCAGACAGAGAAAUGGAUGCACAACAGCCAGAUGCUCGGUUGGCAGCCGAAGAGGAGGUGAAGCAUUUGAAGGAGCUACACGAAGAGGCAGAGAGGGAGAGAAAAGAGCAGCUUGAAAAGGCGCAUCUCAGAGGAAGUCAUGCCCUGAAGAAGCUCCAUUUGGCUCAGGAUAGGGAAAGGCUACUGAAGGAACUGGAACAAAUGCAGAGAAUGGAUCGAAUGCGCAGAAGACAGAUGGUAGCACAGAUGCCACCUCAACUUUUUGUACCUGGAUACAAACGCAUGGAAAUAAAAGAAGAGUGGCAGAAAGAAUUGGAGUUUGCCUUUGAAGAUAUGUACAGUGAGGACAGAAAAAUGAAAGGAGACUUGAUUUUGCAGUUUGAACCACAGCCUUUGCCAUCCCCUUCUGAUAGAUCUCAAGAUAAUGAUCUCGAUCUCUCUUUGGAGCAAGAAUCUGUUUGUGACACUCAACAAGAAUUGGAGCAGAUGGUGGAGGAGAAGCUCCCUGCUGAAUCAGAAAGUCAUAAAGAGGUAAAAACUCAUCAACCUCAAUCAAAACUUGCCUUGAAGAAAUUGCUGAACAAGAUUAGAAACCAAAAAGAGGAGUGGAUAUCAAAAAGUGAGAAAGAGUUUCCAAGCAAGAUUGAGACUAUUGAAUCAGGCACUAUUGCUGGCAAAGAGACACGGCAGGUUGAUUUAGAUCUGAAUGAUGAGCAACACAAAAAUGCUGAAUGUGAAGCCACAGAGUCUGACGAGAUGUUGGAACAUAGAGUUGCACUUGAAAAUUCAGUUCUAAUCCAUCCUCAAGAACAAGCAGCUAAAAUUAGAAUGGAAAAUGAGAGACAGCAGUGGCUUGAGCAAAUAGAGCAACAGAAACAGGAACAGCUGGCCUUGCUGAAACAAAUUGAAGAAGAGAGGGCACAUCUGGAAAUCCAAAUGCAAACCUAUUUGGAAGAAGCUAAGAACAAAAAGGAGGAGGAAGAGAGAAGUCAGCCAGCACACAGCUGCAGUGUUCCUUCUGCAGAUCAACAGAAGAAAGCAGAACAUGAGUCUGGAAGUACUGCUAUGCUGGAAACUGGAAGUCCUGGAGAAGACAGGCACUUACAGGUGAUUCGUAAUUAUCAACAGCGUCUUCUACAACAAAACAGGCUGCACAAACAGACGAUCAAUGAAGCUAGAAUGCGUCUGCAAGAAUAUCAGAAUAAAUUGAAGCAAAGAUACUUGACUGAUCCUGUGAAAAUUUUAAGUUCUGUGGAAACAACCUCUGUUAAUUUAAAGCUUAUCUCAGAACCAGUUGAACAGAGGCAGAGCAUGCAGUCUGUGCAGACCCAAUCACCUGCAGAAGACCACACGCUGUCACUACCUCUUCCCUACAACAUGUGCAAUGUUCCUGAAAAUGCAUCUUCACAAAAACAUGGACAGAAAAUGCACAGUGUUUAUACUGGUAGGCACCUACGUUCUCUAGAACCAUCGAAUUUGAAGUUUGGAGAGAUCUGUUUGCCACGGAGAUAUUCUUUGCAGGAACAAGUGGGAAUGUUGGACACCUCCAACAGUGAGGUCAGAGAACCAUCUGUGUUCCAUUUACCAUCAGCACUGGUCACACAAGAUGUUUCUCCAGCCAGAACGCAACUGGAAGCACGUGUACAACAGGUUAGAUUUGCCUUACCUGCAGAACAUUCCUCUGAGCCUUCAGAAACAGAGCACUUUAAGGAAUCAGACCUCAGAUGGUCUAACCAUCAAAUGGAAGCACAAGCUGAGGAAGAGCCUCCGCCUCUGACACCCCUUAUGGCAGCAACAAAAGGAUCCCCUAUAGUGCAUGCAGCCACAGUUGAUUCUUUGGCUUGUCAGCAGGGGUCUGCAGAGAGCCCCGUCACAACAAGCCUUGAGCCCAGUUCUCUUUCUGGACCUGCGUCUUUAUGUCACGAAGAAGGCGCUGAGGAAUCCUUGGUAUCAGAAAGUGGAGAUGCAUCUUUGUUGAAUUAUUCCUGUAUACUGAAUUUAAGGGACAGAAUGUUGGCCUCAUCAGAAAGCAUCCAAGCUCAGCAGCAGUAUUUGAAGGAGUUGCAAGAGCAGCUAGAUGCACAUAGAGAAGCUCUUCUUUCUAGACAAAAAAUACAAGAACAACUACUGAUACAGAAACAGGAUGAACUGAGGGAACAGAUGCAGAAACAACAAGAGGCUUUAGAAGAAUUUCUGAACAAGCAGGUGAGACACAGCAACAUGAAUGGAGUGAUGACAGAGCCACAAAGGCCUGACUGGAUUAGUAAGAGUGACUUUUUCCAGGACUCAGAAAACUACCAGGAAGAGAACUGUGACAUGAGUAAAUUUUACAGAGAUGAAAUGAUUUCACAGUACAUCAGUCUAGCUGGGCAAAUUGAACGGCCUGAAAAUGUUCUGCAUAGAGAACAGAAAAGGAGGUUUUCCAAACCUCCUGUGACAAAAGUGAAGUUGGGGCUUGGUUUGGAACAGCACGAACUCAGUGCUAUUCCAGAAGUAGACACACCAAGGAGUUGCAACAUUUCUUUUGCAGGUAAAACAGGUUCUGCUGGUGGAGAACCUUCUCCCAUUUCAAGUGUUGGGGGGUUUGCACAUAGGAAAUGUUAUGGUGAUGCUCUUCGUGAAGAAGGCAGGUCGCCUGGGAGCAUAACAAGCUGUGAGCAGCAAAUCUCUGUUGAAAGCCCGAGGCAAAGCAAACAGCCUGGAUUAUUACAAGAGCUGCUGCUGAUGUCUACUGAAAAUUCAUAUGAUUCAGCUCACUCCCAAGAUUCUGUUGUGGCUCAUGAUGUCCCAGUUCUUGCUGCUGCAGUUGGAGGGGGCACACUGCAUUCUGCACCAUCACUCGGAAGCUCUCGUGCGGAAGCACUUUCUAAGGUAGUGCCCAUGGAUGUAGGUUUAGAGGCUUCCAUGCAAGCAAUACCCUGUGACUUAUCCUCAACUAUUUCCACUGGAAGCUUUUUGACUACUGAAACCCUGGAUGUCAGCACUGUUGACACUGGAUUGUCGUCUGACAGCAUGGAAGAUCAAAUUUGGAAAAGAAUCCCAAGCAGCCCAUGGGACUCCUCACUGCCUUUUACCUUGCAGCAGAGGGAGGAGAAUCUGCCUGGGGCGCCUGAAACCGAGUUGCCUGAAGGAGUAACAUGCCUUGAUAAAGGAAGUCAGAUUCAGCAGAUCUUGGAGAAAUGUGGAGAGUUGAACUCUUCAUCAGACAACAAUACACAUUUUGAAGCUCUAGCAGCUGAGCUUGAUUUUCCUGAAACGGAGAGGCAUUUUCCUAACUUCUGCCACCGGCUAUUUCAGCCUUUGGAACCAAGUCCUGCCUUCAGUGUUUCAUCACCCAUUUCUCACUACAAGAUUCAACAGGGCAACAAAGAAUUGAGGAAGAUUUCAACAUUUGCAACAGAAAGUGAAGAGCAGUUUCUAGAAGUGAGAACCUCCAAUUUGAAUACACAAAGAGGCAGUCUGAUGGACAGUCUUGAAACAAACAAGCCAAACAACAGUACAUCAGAAGAGUGCUUCAAAGAGGAUGUUACUGUGGGUUUGGAAGAAUCUUUUCACCCGCUGCAAUUGGAACCUGCUCUGAGCAAUCACUGUCAGAAUGCUGCUCGGCCAGCAGGCAUCAAUGUGGAGUCAGAGAGCUCCUGGGGACUAAAUCCUGGGAUUAAAAACGGGUGCAGUGAGAACAGUGUUUCAUCUGACAGACAAUACGAAGAUCUGGUGAGGAGUAUGGAGUGUGUUGGUCUGCAGUGUUCAGUGGAGGAUAUGCGAAACCAAAGUCUGAAUUCGCUGGAAGAACAAAAAUCAUUUUAUCAGCUCAGUACCACACCAGUGACAGUGGCUGAGCCUUUCCCUCAACACGCAUUGAAAGAGGGCGUAGCAUUCAAAAAGGAGAUUCUGUCUUCUGAAAAAUUACCUGUCAAGGUACUUGAUAGGAAGUACUUGAAGCUUCCCGAAAAAUUAUUUCGUGUACCUGAAGCAGAUAAAGCUGUGGAGGUGGAUUUGCACUGCAAUACAGAUGCAAAGGAGCCAGGUGAAAGUUUUCUCGAAAUACAAAAGUCUUCAAGGAUUCCUGAAGACAUGAGUUUGGAAGCCCCAGACGUUAAUUUACAGGCAGUAGUAAAACAGAAUGCUUUCUGCCUGGGAGGACAUGAAAAACACUCUAACUCUGUGGCUGCAGGCUCAUCUCGUAUUCCAAUCUGGGAGACUGAGUCAGGGCGUGGGAUUAUGGAAGAGCCUGAACUCACUUUUGUGAGCUCCAAUGACGUCAGUACUGCAGAAUCAGACAUUGAACAUACGAACCAAGAGGGAAGUAGUGAGGAUAAAACAAAUAACCCAGCAUGUGCAGACAGGUCUGCCAUCAGUGUUCUGACUGAGAAAAGAGAAUUUUUACCAGUGGUUCCAGAUGCAGUUUGUUCAGUGCUCAUAAGGCCUGACAGCUCUUCCAAAGCCCACAGUGCUACCGAGGGUCAGUGUCCAUCACAUCGGACUGCAGUGAUGCUGCUGGAGUCUGCUUCUGCACCAGGGAGUUUGCAAGAAUCUUUUUUGAAAAGAAAGAAGGACUUCAUCCAGAAAUCCCUGAGAAGAGUUGAAGAAAUAAAACAAAGAGAGAGAAAAAAUGAAAAGCCAGAAGGCAGACAGGUUCAAAGGAAAAAGUCUGAGACAUUAAGCAGUCAGGAGGCUCGUCUUAUCCCUGGGAAAAAAGGUGCAGUUGUCCAUCAGCUGAAGAAAGUAGGAGAAGUGAAAGUGUCUUCUCCAGAAGACAGGAAGGCUGGAGAAGCUGAAAUGUACCAGCGCACCUCAAGACUUUAUAAUCAACUUUCAGAAGUAAAGAUCAGAAAAGAAGAAAAAUCAAGGCAGGAAACUUAUGCUAAAAACAGAGAAAAGGCUAAGGAGUUUCAAAAGAAAAUGCUGGAAAAACUACGAGCCAAGAAGCCAGGGAAAACACCCAGACUAGGAGAAGCCUCUAACCAAGAAACAUUGCUGUGCUGAUACAACUCAGAGUAUUUAACAGUAAGAACUGCAUUAACCUAAUUCAGGUAAUGACUGACAGAUGCUUUCUCUGGUGCCAUCUACUUUUAAUAUGUGGCAACCAGCACCGAGUAGAAUGAUGCUGCAGGAAAGCUUUGUGCUGUAGUGUUUGAAAGAGAGCUUAUACUACUUGUAAUAUAAACAUCUAAUAAAGUGUUUUUAAAAAACUCUGAGGUCAUAGCAUGUGUGACAAUAAGAUUCCUUUUCAAAAAGCUGAAGCUUUUAUCCAUUUUUCUCAUGUUUAGUAGGA